AUGACGCCGGCUGCUCCAGAACAGAAGAUGGGGUUCGGAGUUUGCUCUGCUAAAAGGGAACGCAAAAGGGUACGCAAAGGUACUUUCGACAAUGAUUAUGUGGUAGAAAUUGUUGAAAUAAAGGAGGAUGAGGAGGUUAGGAAUGCUGGAGAGGUUUGCGACAAUGAGGCAGCAGCAACUUUUACUGAUUCGGAUACCAAGUUGCGUCCCUUUGCUGCAGUAGGAGAUGGUACGGUCAGGGUUGAAGGUGCUUCUAACAAUGUUGUUGUACUAGCACUCUGUGCACUACCGGUUAAGGGCACUGACUUGAUUGAAGACUUGGCUUCUGAUCCAUUGCCUGCUGUUAGUGAAGUUGUUGAGGACUAUCCCACUGACUAUUGGUCGGAGACUUUUCCUAAGAUGUUGUUGCAAGGAAUUCCAGAGAUCUCCCUUAAAGAAAAAGAGAUUGAUAUGAUUCCGAAUCGCUUCUACUUCGAUUAUUUUCUCUGA